UCCGAUCUUACGGCGUUUGCACGGCGCGCAGCCGUCGCUUUUGGGCACACCAACCAUGAUGGACGAUGCGAGCUGAGCUGCUGAGAAAGCGGCGGCGACGCAUUAUAUCGCGGCAGGCAUCGGUGCGACGAGGCCGCCUCUCGUAGGGCUCAUCUUGACCGACACGCAGGGGAUGCAAGGAAAGUCGCUCCUUCGAGACAUGUCCGCAUCGGCCCGAGCGACGAUUUCCCCCAGAGAGCCACCAAGGCGAUCCCCCAGCUCCUGCACAUGACCCCACCCGGCUGACAUGGGGCCACGCGCUACUCGUCUCCUCCCUCGUCAUCGAGAGGGGAAGCCGCCCAUAAAGUCUCGGCCGGACCCCCCCCCUGCCUGCGCAACCAUCGCCAAAAGACAAACCAAUCCAUCCCAAUCGUCACCAUGCGCUUCCACACCGCGACACUGCUGUGCCUCAUCUCGGCCGUCUUGGCCCGCCCCGUGCCCGCCGACAUCAAAGGCGUCAGGUCGCCGACGUCGUACUCUCAGGAUCUGCUGAGCCCGGUGCUGUGCCCGCCGACGGGAACGGGGACUUGCGCGAGGCAAUGCGGCGCCAUCGUAGCCGGCAUGGGCGGGAGGUGCGACAGCGACGGGAACUGCUUGUGCGCGGACGGAGAAGGGCCGCUGAGAUGAGAGACGGGACCAUUUGCGAACCACAGCUACUACAUUCGUUAUGAUACCACCCCGAGAGGCCGACGCAUCGAGCCCGGGGACCCGCCAGGACGCAGGGGAGGCGGGUAAGGGGCAGGAC